AAACCUAUAGGCAACGAAUUUUAAUAUCCCAAGGAUCUGGAAAAUUAAUGGCUUUAAACACAAAUUACCACUGCUCUGUUGUUUCUCUCUCAUCUUUAUGGCCGUCAGUUUAUCUAUUUAUUUACCAAAAACAGAUUCAAAUUCUGGCUACAGUCAAACUCGAAACUUGAAAUCCCCAUUUGCAAAAGGACCCUUUCUGAUUUGAAUCACCAAACUGAAAGAUUUUCUGUGCAGAAACCAAUGACAGAGAGACUGAGCCACAAAUCAUAGAAGAAAGAUCUUCUCUAACCCAAUACAGAAAGAAAAGUCAUCAGCUUUUCUUUUUGGCUUAUUCCUUGGAACAGAGAAUCCAUAAAAAGCAGAGGAUUAUCGAAGUUGUAGUGAACGAGAGAGAGAUCUAGACAAGAUGGGUAAAGCUACAAGAUGGCUAAAAGGCUUGUUGGGGAUGAAGAAAGAUAAAGGAAGAGAUAAUGGUGGUGACAGUUCAAGUUCAAUUUCAAGCGAAAAGAGAGAGAAAACAAGAUGGAGUUUUGACAAAUCUGGAAGGGAUAACAGUGUGAUCCCUCGUGAUAACCUUCAGGUGAAAGAUGCUGCCUGGCUCAGAUCCUACAUUGCUGAGACUGAAAGAGAUCAGAACAAACACGCAAUAGCUGUGGCAGCUGCGACGGCUGCAGCGGCCGACGCUGCAGUGGCUGCAGCACAGGCCGCGAUGGCGGUAGUGAGGCUGACCAGCAAUGGCAGAGGGACAACGUAUGGUAGCGAGACAGAGAAGUGGGCUGCAAUCAAAGUUCAAACCGUUUUCAGAGGCUUUUUGGCUCGAAAAGCUCUUCGAGCGUUGAAAGGAUUGGUGAAGAUACAGGCACUUGUUAGAGGCUAUCUGGUACGAAAGCAGGCUGCUGCAACUCUUCACAGUAUGCAAGCUCUUAUAAGAGCUCAAACUUCUGUUCGAUCCCAACGUGCUCGUCGUUCCAUAAACAAGGAGAAUAGAUUUCAACCUGAAAACCGACCACGAAAAUCAAUUGAAAAUUUUGAUGAUACAAAAAGUGAAUUCCACAGUGAGAGGCUGUUUGCAUCUUAUGAAUUUGAUGAAAGCCCAAAAAUAGUUGAAAUCGACACAUACAAACCCAGAUCAAGAUCACGUAGAGCCGCUGCAGCAUUAUCAGAAUAUGAAGACGGAGUACCUUACUCAUCACCUCUUCCAUGUCCAAUUCCAGCUCGAAUCUCCAUACCAUAUUACAAAAAUCAUCAAGAUUUUGAUUGGUACUUCACUGGAGAAGAAUUCAGAUGCUCCACAGCACAAAGCACUCCAAGGUUCGCAAACUCUGUCAGGUCGAAUGCUCCAGCAACGCCAGCCAAGAGUGUUUGUGGAGACAGUUUCUUCAGGCCUCACUCAAACUUCCCUAAUUAUAUGUCCAACACACAAUCCUUCAAGGCCAAAUUGAGGUCUCACAGUGCUCCAAAGCAGCGGCCGGAGCCAGGGCCAAAGAAGAAGCUUUCGCUCAACGAAAUAAUGGCUGCUAGGAAUAGCAUAAGCAGUGUCAGAAUGCACAGAUCAUGUUCCCAAGCCGAUGAAGGUUUAGGUCUUUGAUGGGUUCUGUUAAACAAAGGCAUCCUAAGCUUUUCUUUUCAACUAAGGUUGACAGUUAAUAGCUAGGGUUGAUCAAAGUCUGGUCUGUGUAAAUUACUUAGAAAAUGAAAUGAAAGCUUCUUUUUUUUU